AUGGAUUAUAGACCAAACAAGACCGAUAAGAAAUGGCCUCAAUCAGGUGUUAAUUUAUGUAAUUGGAACCCAUCCAUUAGGAAGUAUAAGAAAUUGCCUGAAUCAGGAGUUAAAUCGAGGCCAACUUGCUCUCGCUAUUUUAGAUAUGGUUUUGGAUAUGAUGAGUUACAUGACGAUUAUAUAUUAGUUGUUAUCUUCAAUAUGUUUGAUGAUAAUCCUAAGUACAAGACGAAUAUUAAAAUUUAUAGUCUGAAAAAUGAUUCUUGGAGAACGGUUCGGGAUUUUUUGGAAGGUUCUGUGAUAGAUUGUUCAGCUAAGUUUGUCAAGGGGAAGCUUUAUUGGACGUCAGCUUUAGGUACCAUUUCUUUUAAUUUAGCAAAUGAGAAAUGGGAUACGGUAGAGCAACCCGAUUAUGGAAAAGGCAAUUUUGAUUUGAUGUUGGGAGUUUUGGGAAGCGAUCUUGUUGAACUUUUUAAGAUGAGUGAGUUGAGCUUGCGAUUGAGCAACAAUGGUGUCACAACAAUGGCGGUUUGGAGAGAAGGUGAGAGAUAA